AUGGCAGGGCAACAGCAAUACCUCACCGACGAAGAAAUCAGCAAGUUCAUUGAUGACCUAGAUAGAAACAACGAUGGGCAUAUUAACUAUAAAGAGCUGGAGCAAAAGUUAGAUGAGGUUGGAAAGGAAUUGGCACCCAAGCCGAAACGACACCAAAUUCACCACGAUGCCGAAGAGCAGGGGAGACAUGAAUUCUUGCGCACACUCAUUGGCUGCCAAGAGAACUCGAUACCGCGGGACAAGUUCGCCGAGUGCGUGCGUCGCUGGGAGAUACCGUCACUCGAACAGGACCGCAAGGAAGCGAAGAAUGAAGACGACUAUUUGAAGAACAUGUCCGUGUGGAGGAAGGUACGCGCAUACUGGGCUGUCGAAGGGCCACAGAUAGCUUUUUUGGCGCUUGUGGUGUCUUUUAUGCUUGCUUUCGGCAUCUGGCAACUGGUCAAGUACCUCACAGAACCGAUAUAUCGACCCGCGUUCGGAUGGGGUGCUGUUCUUUCAAAAACAUGCGCCGGUGUUCUGUACCCAACGUUUUUCUUUCUCAUCCUCUCCAUGUCGCGCUGGUUCUCGACACUCUUGCGGCGCAACUACAUAAUCUCUCGAUUCAUCAAUUGGGACCUUUCGCAGUCGUUCCACGUAAAGAUGUCCAUUGUAGCCUUGGUUUUUGCUACACUGCACGCAAUCGGACAUCUGUCAGGAUCAUUCGUUUUUGGGAGCAAGCCAAAUCGCCAGCAGGCCGUUGCAGUUGUUGUGGGCCAGGAUGCUGUGCCGCGGUACUACAUGGACUAUGUUCGGUCACUACCGGGCUGGACUGGAUUGACUGCACUGGGAAUGUUCUACCUUUUAGCUAUUCUCAGCAUGCCACAGGUCCGGAAGUGGAACUAUGAAGUGUUCCAGCUAGGCCAUCUUCUUAUGUUUCCCAUUAUUGGACUGAUGUGCGCACACGGUACUGCGGGACUGCUGCAGUGGCCCAUGUUUGGUUACUGGCUCGCAUUUCCCGCUCUGCUCGUCAUCUUCGAACGCACACAGCGCUUCAUACUGGGCUUCUUUCCCAUGGCCGCAAAGCUUGAACUCCUCGAUGAAGAUACCGUCGCGAUAACGACGAGCAUACCAAAGUACCGAUUCUGGCCAUACAAGGCCGGUCAGUACGUCCUUGUACAAGUCCCCAAGGUAUCAUCUUUCCAAUGGCACCCCUUCACCGUCUCAACAUGUACCGGCAAGUCGAUGCAAGUCCACAUCAAAGCCGACGGCGACUGGACGAGCUCGCUGCGUGACCUCGCCAAAAGCGGCACAAAAAGCAUCAAGCUCGGCAUCGACGGACCCUUCGGCGCACCUGCCCAACGCUUCUACGAUUUCGAAUACAGCAUGGUUUUCGGCGCCGGUAUCGGCGUCACACCCUUCUCAGGCAUCCUCACUGAUCUGCAAGACCGCGAGCUCGAGCGUACCGUCUCAACAGACCAACUUCAGGCCCGUAGAGGCUCGAAGCCAUCGCCAUACGAGGAGCAUAAGCGCGUCGACUUCAACUGGAUGGUGCGCGACAAGAACGACCUCCUCUGGUUCUCCGACCUCCUCAACGAAGUCACCCGCAGCAGCACCCCGGAUUCCCACUCCAAUCUCGACCUCCGCAUCCAAACUUACGUCACGCAGAAGCGCAAGGAGAUCUCGACGCACGUUUUCCGCUGGCUUAUAGAGAAGUACCGCACACCGUCCCACCCGCAGUCAUAUCUUACUGGGUUGUUGAAUCCCACGCAUUUCGGACGUCCGGACCUGGCGAGCAUCAUGGAAGAGCACUACCACGAUAUGUGCGGUGUGCUUGCGGAGCAGAUGAAGGAGGGGGAGAAGUGGCAGGGGAAGGGUAAAUCGGAUGAGGUCAAGGUGGGCGUCUUCUUCUGCGGGCCCCCGGUUAUUGGGCUGCAGCUUGCGGAUCGAUGCCGCGCGAUGACGGCAAGGGGAAGGACGGAAGGACGCAAGGUGGAGUAUCACUUCAUGAUGGAGGUCUUUGGUUGA